GCCAAUCAGGUUGCGGUUAUGCGCUUUGGAAACAGACAUUAACUUCUUCAGAAGGGAUAGGAUAUUUAAUAUGUCGAAUGAUAGCGUAAUGGACUGGAAAGAGGUUCUUAAAAACAGACUUUCUGCUUCUAAGAAAGUUGAAAAGAUGGAGGAAGAGAAGAAGGAGGAAGAGAUGGCACUGUUUACCAAGAAUUACAUGGAGUGGAAAGGGGGAGGAAAAAGAGAUUAUUCCUAUAACAAUAUACCAAGAUUUUACUACAGGCUGCCAGCUGAAGAUGAGGUUUUGCAGCAGAAGCUACGUGAGGAAUCAAGAGCAGUCUUCCUCCAGAGGAAAAGUCGUGAGCUGCUGGAUAAUGAAGAAUUACAGAACCUGUGGUUCCUGCUGGACAAACACCAGACACCACCAAUGAUAGGGGAGGAAGCAAUGAUUAAUUAUGACAACUUCUUAAAAGUCGAGGAAAAAGCAGGAGCGAAAUGCAUGCAGUUCUUCACCGCCAGGGUUUUUGCCAAACUGUUACACAGCGACCCAUAUGGAAGGAUAUCAAUAAUGCAGUUCUUUAACUAUGUAAUGCGAAAAGUAUGGCUUCAUCAGACCAGGAUUGGCCUUAGCCUGUAUGACGUUGCUGGCCAAGGCUAUCUCAGGGAGUCGGAUUUAGAGAAUUACAUUCUGGAGCUGAUUCCCACAUUGCCACAGCUAGAUGGCUUAGAGAAAUCCUUCUAUUCGUUUUAUGUCUGUACGGCUGUUCGUAAAUUCUUCUUCUUUCUGGAUCCUCUUCGGACAGGCAAGAUUAAAAUCCAGGAUAUUUUAGCCUGCAGUUUCCUGGAUGAUUUACUAGAGCUAAGAGAUGAGGAACUUUCUAAAGAGAGUCAAGAAUCAAACUGGUUUUCUGCUCCUUCAGCACUGCGUGUUUAUGGUCAGUAUUUAAAUCUAGACAAAGACCACAAUGGGAUGUUGAGCAAGGAGGAGCUGUCUCGCUAUGGCACAGGAACCUUCACCAAUGUCUUUCUUGACCAAGUCUAUCAGGAGUGCCUCACUUACGACGGAGAGAUGGAUUACAAGACCUAUCUUGAUUUUGUGCUGGCUCUGGAGAACAGGAAAGAACCUGCUGCUCUGCAGUACAUUUUUAAGUUGCUGGACAUUGAAAAUAAGGGCUACCUCAAUGUCUUCACACUCAACUACUUUUUCAGGGCCAUCCAGGAACAAAUGAAAUUACAUGGACAGGAGCAAGUAUCUUUCCAAGAUGUAAAGGAUGAAAUCUUUGACAUGGUGAAGCCCAAGGACCCUUGUAAGAUCACCCUUCAGGAUUUAGUGAACAGCAGCCAGGGAGACACUGUCACUAGUAUCCUCAUUGACCUAAAUGGCUUCUGGACCUAUGAAAACAGAGAAGUCCUUGUUGCUAAUGACAAUGACAGCAGUGCUGAUCUGGAUGAUACAUGAAACUUCUACUUAUAAAAACUGCAUAGCAAAAUCCUUUUCUCUCUACCAGUGGAUCUGCCCACUGUUACUUUAUCUUGAUAAACAUAUCAUCAAAAUAUUUGUAACCUUCAAAUUGCAUAAGCAGACUAUCACUCAUCUCACCAAACACCCGGUGCAUGCAACAAUUAAUGCACUUUAAAUACAAGAGCAAAAUCUACUGUUUAACUAACAUUAAGUGGCCAUUAUUUGGAUAAUUCGUGACUAAACAAGUGGCACCUUGGAACCAAGCGAGGAAAAUUGAUUAAU